GGAAAAAAUUCACUCCCUUUACCACAAGAGGUACUUUUUGUUUCCUAUUACCGGUGGACAAGUUACUUCCGUAUCUUUUGCCGAGCCAAUUGGCAAACAUCGAUAAGCUCUUCUUGCCUUGCAUUUUUUUCCAAGGUCUUUCUUUGUUUGCUUGGCCGCGCGCAAGCCCUUUUUUGCGUUUCUUUUCACUUUCUCUUUGUUUCUGUUUUGUUUCCAAACCCGCCAAGCAUUUCGAUCCCAGGCUCGGUCUCCCAUCAUAUGGAUCCGGUGGAUGAACGCUGGGGGUGUGCCAUUGUUCCAGAUCAUUCGUCAAGACUGCGUAGUAAAAGCACAUUAUAUGCCGGUUCAGGGCUCUGUGGAUACGAUACAACAACAACCCAGUCCCUGAAUGGCAUCUGCUUGUGGCUAAUGCUACACACCGUACUAGCAUGAUGGCGAGAAAAAAAAAAAAAAAAAAAGGUCGGCAGCGUCGGAGCGGGCGAAACGGGCCAGCCAGGUCAGGUUGGCCGCGUCGAUGGGAGAUGCUAUUGCCGAAUCGUUUCCUUUCCCCAGAGAAACGACGCCGGCUCCGCCCUAACGACGGGCCCGUCCGCUUCUCUCUUGCUGACUCGUGCCGUCACAUAAAAUGUUUGCUCCCCCCCCUAGCCUGGUUUUCCAUUUUGUUGCAGAAAUAGCAUGUCCACGGAUAUCUCCUUUCCUCAUCCCAUAUUCAUCUGUCACCAAGGCCAACCCGUCCCGCGCCUCAGCUCACAAGAUAAAAAGAACACAAACGCACAAAGUUGACGUCUUGUCCCCUUGCACAAGGACGGCCAAGUAAGUUGGCUUUCCGAGCCACCAAUCUCAUUUGUCCUCUCUUAUCAGCAAGUUAUCCGCAGUUCUCGGCGUAUCUGCGAUAAGACUUGCCGUCAUAUCUUUGGUGGCACGCAAGCUUGGAGCUUGGCUAUUUUGGGCUUGUCGAUCGGACGGUUAGCAACAUAUCGAAGCUCUGUUGCUAGCCCGCUCGGAUCUUUGGCUGCCACAAUAGAUUCUCUUUUUUGUUUAAACGCUCGCUCUUUUGUUUGGAUUUCGAACCUGGAUUUCGAACCUGAACUUCAUUCAGUCAGACCAAACCACAAAUCAUAUCCUACAUAGCCUGCACCAAACCCCAAAGAUGGGAUCUCAAGUUGAACCACUCGCCGUACUGGUGUCCACCCGGGCAGUACUCACCCUCGAAGAUGACAGUUUGGUCCUCUCUCCAGCAACCAUCACCAUCUCCCCAAACUCUGGCAAGAUCAUAGCCAUUGUCCCAACAAUACUACCAGCAAGCUCUUUCCCAUCGUCGGUAGCAUAUAUUGACCAGUCGCCAAAACUUUUACUCCCUGGAUUAGUCGACGCUCAUGUUCACCUCAACGAGCCCGGCAGGACAGAAUGGGAGGGGUUCAACACGGGCACGCGCGCUGCUGCAUCAGGGGGCGUCACCACGGUCAUCGACAUGCCCCUGAACGCCAUCCCGCCCACCACGACGGUGGCAAACUUUCAAGAGAAGCUCAAGGCAAGCGUGGGGCAGUGCUGGGUCGACGUGGGCUUCUACGGCGGCGUGAUCCCGGGCAACUCCCAAGACCUCCUCCCCCUGGUGGACGCGGGCGUCCGUGGGUUCAAGGGUUUCCUGAUCGACUCGGGAGUGGAUGAGUUCCCCGCGGUGUCGGCAAAGGACAUUGCACUGGCAAUGAAGGCGCUCAAGGAUGCGCCGACGACGCUCAUGUUCCACGCAGAAAUGAUCCCUCCGAUCGCGGACAGCGUCGGCGACUCGGUGCAGUCGUCGGCACCACCGCUUGCACCCAAGGGCGCGCUGACGGCAUACAGCACGUUCCUCGAGUCGCGCCCUCCCGAGUUCGAGACGUGCGCCGUGAGCGAGAUCCUGAGCAUGACGGACCUCGCGCCCGAUCUGCACCUGCACAUUGUGCACCUGUCCGCGACCGAGUGCAUCCCGCUGCUGCGCGAGGCGCGCAGGAGGGGCGUCAACGUCACGGCCGAGACGUGCUUCCACUACCUGGGCCUGGCGUCCGACGACAUCGAGGACGGCGACACGCGGCACAAGUGCUGCCCCCCCAUCCGCAGCAAGACCAACCAGGACGGCCUCUGGAGCGAGCUGGUGCGGGCCGACCAGCACGACGGCGUCAUCAAGACCGUCGUCAGCGACCACUCGCCCUGCACGCCCGAGCUCAAGCUCCUGCCCAACCGCCUCGCGCCGCCGCCCGCCCGACCCCCGUUCCCGCACCACUCGGACUCGGGCAUCGACGUGUCGUUCAGCCCGACCGAGAAGAACAAGAAGCUCGAGGCGAGCAGGAGGAGCAGCGGCAGCAGCAGCAGCGACGCACCCGCACCGGUGCAGCACACGGCGCAGGGCGACUUCUUCGCCGCCUGGGGAGGCAUCUCGUCGGUCGGGCUGGGGCUCCCGAUCCUCCACACCAUCGCGACGCGGCGGGCGCGGCAGGGCCUCGAGGCGCCGACCAUCGUCGACAUGGUCCGGCUGACGAGCCAGGCCACGGCCAAGCAGGUCGGCCUGGCGCACCGCAAGGGCGGGCUCAAGGUCGGCAUGGACGCCGACGUGUGCGUGUUUGACGACGCGGCCGAGUGGGCGCUGCGCAGCGGCGACAUGAGGUGGAAGAACAAGUGCUCGCCCUGGGAAGGGCACGAGUUCAAGGGCAGGGUGCUGGAGACGUGGGUCAGGGGCCACAAGGUGUUUGAGUACGGUGGCAAGAAUGGAGGCUUCGUCGGGGGAGAGCCCGUCGGCGAGGCGAUCGUUGAGAAGAGGACUGCAUGAUCGUUUCUUUUUCUUUUUUUUUUUCUUUUUUUUCUUGUUUGUCCUUUUUUUGGUCGGGUUUGGGCUAUUUUGUUAUUCGAGCCUGGGACUUUUAUGAUGUUGAUGUUAUACCACGAUAUACCAGGCAUGGCAUGAUUAGAUUUUGUUUCUGUUCACUUCGGUGCAUUUGGUUUUAUUGGGCGUUGUGUGUGGGUUCCAAACUGCGGGGGAUCAAAGAACGCCGGACGUUUGUUGUCUGUCGCCUGUACAUACUAUAAUCGUGAUCGUGAUCGUGAUCGUACCGUAACACCAGAACCAACGCCAUAAUGCAUCAUGGUAUCGUC